GGCAAAUCAUUCUUCCACCUGGUGGGAACAGCUUGAUCGUUUUAAAUGGAUCAACUGUGAGAAUUGAGUGGUCGAUUGAUGGUAGUGUUUCAUCUGGGAAUAUAAUAUUUCGGUCUUGGGUUUUCAUAAGGAGUGGCAAAACUGAACGACUUGGCGAAAUAUCUGGUGCUGGUAAAAUUACGAUAACAACCAAGUUAUAUGAGGUUGAUAUAAAAGAGCCAGCAACAUUGAUUUUGAAAAACGUCAAUGGAAGUUAUAAUGGAAAAUACACGUUUACUCUUUUAUCACCUGGCAACAGUAUAUCUGAAGUUGAUGUUGUUAUUGCAGGCAA